UCAAAUAGUAUGUUGUAGCAGUUUCUAGAGAGAGAUCUAGGCUAAUUGCUUCAGCGGUGAGUAUGCAUUGGAAACAUGUAUCUAUUGAGCUAAUAGCUCUGGUUCAACAGAUGUGGCCAGGUUAAAAUAACAUAAGAUAAGCAGUGAAAAGUAUAAGUAGCCUAGCUGCUGCUCACCUGAAAGGGCUCUGCACGAUUUUGUAUAACCUCUACCUCAAGGAAAUUCUGCAGACUUUUAAUAUCUGUGAUGAAAUGCAAUACAUGUUUGCCUUUUAUUUGUGCGUUGUUCAUUUCAAAGUUCACGGUAAGUCUGUAUUUGUGGUGUCGCUGCUGCUCGGCGUACGUUGGUGGGAGUACCCCCUGCACAGGUCCCUUUUGCAGUGCAGAUCCAGUAGUUGGAGUUGUUGUACACACCGGAGCACGAGAGGGAGAGGAGAGGAGCGCGAGCGCAGCAGCUGAGUGAGCAAACAGAGGUAGAAACAUUAGGUUAUCUUCUGAGACUAUCACACAUUGACUUGUCACUUUUACCGCUUCGUGCCGAGUCUACUUGAAGAGGAGGACAGCAGCAGCUGCAGCAGCGCCCUGGUCUGGUCUGGUGUGCUCGAGCAGCCGCCUGUGAAAAACUCCCAAACGCGGUCGUCUCAGCUGGCAUGAGCUAACCUACCAGACAGACAUGGAAACCAAACCGUUCCUUUCAUUGGGGUUCCUGAAGCCCCAGUGCUCGUUGGCUCCUCCCAUGCAGCGAGGUCGCUCGGGCGAGGUUUGCUCCUGUUUCACUGGAAUGUGUCACCUCCAUCAGCGUCGCACAUCCUCAGACUCGUCAGGCCAUCUGACCUCGUCGCCCCUUGGCUCGCCCAUAUCCCACCGGGGAAUGCACCCGUCUCUACUCAGCCCGACGUCCAUGGGGCACUCGGGCUCUCUGCACUCUCCCAUCAGCUCGCUGAGUUCGCCCAUGAACGGCCUGGGCUCACCCUUUUCCGUCAUCAGCUCACCCAUGGGCCCCCACUCCAUGAACUCGCCCGGCAUGGGCUACGGCCCCAGCGUCAGCCCCCAGCUGAACUCUCCGAUGAACUCGGUCAGCAGCACAGAGGACAUCAAGCCCCCGCUGGGCCUCAACGGCGUGAUGAAGGUGCCCGCCCAGCCCUCAGGCACUGUCCUAUCGCUCACCAAACACAUCUGCGCCAUCUGCGGUGACCGCUCCUCAGGUAAACACUAUGGGGUAUACAGCUGUGAGGGCUGCAAAGGUUUUUUCAAAAGGACGGUGCGCAAAGACCUGACCUACACCUGUCGUGACAGCAAACACUGUGUCAUUGAUAAGCGCCAAAGGAAUCGCUGCCAGUACUGCCGCUACCAGAAGUGUCUAGCAAUGGGCAUGAAGAGAGAAGCCGUUCAGGAGGAGCGCCAGCGAGCCAAGGAGAGGAAUGAGAACGAGGUGGAGUCCACCAGCUGCGCCAACGAGGACAUGCCUGUGGAGAAGAUUCUGGAGGCCGAGCAGGCGGUGGAACCCAAAACCGAGACCUACAUUGAGACCAACCUUGGUGUGCCAUCCAACUCUCCCAACGACCCCGUGACAAAUAUCUGUCAGGCGGCUGACAAACAGCUCUUUACUUUGGUGGAGUGGGCCAAGAGGAUCCCACACUUCUCUGAGCUGCCACUGGACGACCAGGUCAUCCUUCUACGAGCAGGUUGGAAUGAACUCCUCAUUGCAUCAUUCUCGCACCGUUCGAUAACGAUCAAAGACGGGAUCCUGUUGGCGACCGGGCUGCACGUCCACCGCAACAGCGCACAUAGUGCCGGAGUGGGAGCCAUUUUUGACAGAGUGCUCACAGAACUGGUGUCAAAAAUGAGGGACAUGCAGAUGGAUAAGACAGAGCUGGGGUGCCUUCGAGCGAUAGUCCUUUUCAACCCAGACUCUAAAGGCUUGUCCAAUCCAGGUGAGGUAGAAGCUCUGAGAGAGAAAGUGUAUGCGUCUCUAGAGGCCUACUGCAAACAGAAGUACCCCGACCAGCCUGGCAGAUUUGCCAAACUGUUGCUGCGGUUACCAGCGCUGCGCUCCAUCGGCCUCAAAUGUCUGGAGCACUUGUUCUUCUUCAAGCUCAUCGGCGACACGCCCAUCGACACCUUCCUGAUGGAGAUGCUAGAAGCCCCGCAUCAAAUGACAUAAUAGCAGAGAGGGUUGAGCAUCCCCCCCCCCCCCCCCAACCCACGUCUCCCACCAGCCCUGGAUCGGGAGCAGGGUCCUUAUAAAAGAAAUAAAAAAACUCCAGCAAGGGACAGAUCAUGUGACGACUUUGGACGGAGAACCUCUCCCAUCCCCCCCUACCCUCUCCCCCUUUGAUGCGUUUCAAAACAUUGAAUUCAUCAUGUCUAUGGGUCUGUUUUAUACCUUGUAUAAAUAUAUAAAUAAGAAAUAUAUAUAUAUAAAAUCACACGGCAACACGAGUGGACUUAAAAAUAAGGUCGGACAGAGGACAAAAGAAACGUAUUGAGCCAUCGUUUUCAUCCUUGCGUUCUCCUACACCUUGACGAGAAAAAGCUGAGGUGAUCAGGUUUUUAACACCCACAGUUAGGCUUGCAGGUAUUUUGAAAAAAACAAACAACGGCGGUGAUGUCAUAUUUGGACACUCAGCGUUGUGAUUGGGACAAUCGUGGACUGGGAGAGCCUCGGGCUGCUCAACAUGGACCUGAACCCUCUCUCUCUUUUAGGACUGAACCUAACUUCGGUGUGGGGACGGCGUGGGGACGAAGACGUCUACUUAAAGGAACUCGUCUGUUCCCGCCUGACUCGACUGAACACGUCGGGGCUUGCACUAGCUGUUUUUGAAGUGUCAGCUUUCUGGAGUAGAUGUGGGUUAACAGGACUGCAAGUGCUUAAAAACCUCAGGACUCUGCCCAAUUCCAACAAAUACAACCAUGUCUUACUCUAUUAGCGCUGUGCGACAGUGGGGGAGGACGAAACAUGAGUUUACUAAUCAGCCCUUCAGUUAAUGUCAAUUGAUUGAGUUGGGAGAGCUUGUUAUGUACAAUCUGUGCAGGCCUAAUGCACACAGGAAGUUGCAGGCUGUUGUAAAUUAGCUUUAUGCUACAUGAUGCUCUGAAAGGCAACCAGCAGGUGCAGGAACAACUUUUCUCAUCCUAUUUCCAACAUUUUAGGGCCUUUUGUUGCAACCUCACAGGUGGUAAACUCAUCUGUGUUGCUUCGCCGGUCUCCUCCUUUUUCCGUCACUUCUCAAACCUCCUCGUCUCAUUUCAUGUGAAUUUCAGCAAACCAUUUUUACACCUUCACACUCAGAAGUAUCCCUCUGCCUCCACGCAGCGGGUAUCGGCUUGUCCUCAUAUCUACCUGUACAGAAAGUUACAACCGUACACAGUAUUGACGUUAUUUUUGGUUUUAACAGCAAUGCACAAUUACCUCUGUUUCCAUCCCUCCGACCGUCAGCUCCUGACACUCAUUGAACUUUUUGCAGUGCGCGGGAGAAAAGCGCUUUGUCGUUGCAGCAGAGCCAUUAUUUGUUUGUUUGUUUGUUACUUGGCACUUAACCUCCUGACAGCGGAGUCGGGUUCCUAAACGGGGAGCUAAUGUUGAUGUAAUCCACCUCUGAGGUUGAAUUUGGCCCAGGGCCCGAUCAGGAACGCCCCCCAGAUUGUUUUUUCCUCCUCAGAGGGGACACACACACACACACACACUUUGCUCUCUCUGCACUUCUCUGGACAACCAAGUGUCAUUCAAGUCGGACUGAAAUGUUAGAAAUGUUAUGUAUACAUAUGCUUUAUGUCCAUACUCUGCUUUGUUUCCUCCUCUCCUGCUCUCUAAAUGCUGCAGCUGCUGCAAAACUAUGCAUCCAGUGCAUUUCCAAAGAUUGUCCACAGAGCGGGUGCGUGUUAGUGUGGCUCAAGCAGGUCAAGUGUUUGUGAGGUGGGGGGUCCGCUGUGAUAUUUUCCUGGACCGGAGUAAAUAUCUUAUUUAGGUUAUUUUCCACACUAUUCACACACUUGAUAGACAUCCUGUUUAUUCAGCUCUCAGCCCUCAUGUGAACGUGUUUUAUGGAACAGUGGAGCACAGCAGAGUUUAAGGACGUGUUAGCUAUUGUGAAGGACGAGACAAUGAAAGGACUAAAAGAGAAUUAAAUAGAGGAUUUUUUUGUCCUAUAUCUGCUUAUUCACCACUCUUUCAUAAGCACCAUGACACUAACUGGACCUGAAGAAGAAGAAAAAACCCGAGCACUGUGUUUUCAUCAUGCCUUCAUAAACUGAGAUGGUUUAAGGGUCAACAGUGUAUGGAGUCUUGCGUGUGCCACUUCAAUAAUCAUGUUGACGUUAUAAUCAACUCAUCAUUUUUAAUACAUUUCAAAAAAUAUGAUUUAGAUUUGCAUCACAAUGAUAUAUUACCAAGCUAAAGAUGUGCUUAUUUACUGAUUAAUAAUUGGGUCAUAAUAUUGGUUUUAUAAAAAAUGGUACGCCAUUUGCUUAACAUAUUAUAUAUUACAAUGAGUCUCUUGCUUUAACAUUUACAGUUUCCAUUCAUUUGCUUUAAUUUAAAGCAGCACUAAAGGAGGUCCACCCACACAGCAGCAGCAGGAGCUUUUAUUUAGCGUUUAUUAUUGCAUAUUUCUUUUUCAAUCCGUAUUUUUUCAAUGUAUUUAAUUGACAAUAACGUAAAAAGUCUUAAUUAUUCAGGUGGCACCAUCAGGACUCCGUACUCGCCUUGACCGUGACCAAGACGCUAUUGAUGCAAUGACCAUGUGUUACUUUUUCAUCAUGAUUUGUGUCCAGUUUUACAGAAGUGCCUCCACUAGGGGGUCAACUUUGCAGAUGUUAAUCCACCGCUUAUCCCCCCCCCCGUAAUUUCUCGUUAUGGAGACAAAAGCAAAGAGUUGGGUCAGAUUCCGGCUCUGACAUGUCACAUGUCACAUGCUGUCCUCUCGCUACUAACAGAGCAGCUUGGAUAGGAUCGUGGUUUAAGAGCUGUGAGCUCCCUCUAGUGGAAGAGAAGCAGCGCUGCGACGUUACUUGAAUUUUUCUACAAGUAUUUAAUCCGACAAAAAAAGAUGGCACUUUCUCACUGCGUUAUUAUCAUCGAUGUUCACUUUGAUCAGACACAACCUCAGUGUCUGUGCUUGUUAAAACUGAAAGGAAAAAAAGAAGCAAUAACUUCACAGUAUUGGCUUGUGGUUUUAUUAUUACUCAACAGUUUCAGUGAGGUGGCCUGUAUUAUCACAAACUAUCCAGGUGACAGUGUUGACUGCCCGUCUGAGCUCAGUUUACAGUAUUUAUAUUCUGGAACACUUGUUUGUCUGUUAAAAACCACAACAAAUCAAUCUUAAUUUGUUCAUAAGUUUUCAAUGUAAGCAAAGAUAAUUAACUUUUUGUAAGACUGGGCUAGAUUUCUUUUUUAGAGGAAUGUUGCAGAUAUUAAGCAGUGUGUCUUUUAAAUGUAAGAUGAAUACCCUCCUGCUCCCUGAUGUCUCCUCAAGCCAUAAAGUGGAUGAUGUGCGAGCUCACUCCCUUUGCAGGAAAUUAACAGACAAGGAUGUUCUUGACUAGAUGAAGAAAGGAUCACCCACAUGAACGCUUUAUAACAUAAAGCUAUAUUUUGUUAAUAUGUAUAUGUGUAUAUAUUUAUAAAUAUAUAUCGACAGAUCUGUUCCUUGAGUAUUUCCGACAGUGAAAGAGGGAGACGAGUCUUUUCAGACCGAACUGUUCCACACUAUUCAGUGUUAUGGUUUUUUUUUUCGUUUUUUUUCAUUGACUUUAGAAAAUCAAUCCUGGUCAACCAGCAGUAUCGCAGCAGUUCAUGGGUCCUCAACAAACAAAACAAAAGGUUAAGACUUUAAAUCCUCCAAAAUGUAUGUGUUGCUUAGCAAUUGUAUGUUCAAAAAGUGUAAUCAGGAAAAGCUGCGCUUGUGACACAAUCACUGCUUUCUUUGUUGCAUAAGCUGUAAAAUGUUUAAGAAAAAAGAAAAAAAAACAGUUGGAAAAAGAUCUAUUUUUGUACAAAAGUAAUUUUAUCCCCUUGCUUGUGUCCUGUUCUUUCCCCUUUUUUCUCCUGCGGGCUGUCGUAUACGUUGUGGAAAAGCUUAUUCAACGAGGCAAUUUUCAGAUUGAAAGUUUAAGGUGCGAGGAAUUGUUGGCUUUGGCACCUUGGUAACUGUCGCCUUUACUUUGCCAUUUGCAACCUGUCGCUGCAAGAUGGGAAUGUCUUCUUUCAUUAUAUUUUUGACCAUUUUUAAAAAGGCGAUGGAAUUUUUUUGUCAUCUGUUCUUUGUGGGUUGUUCUCUGAUGUUCUAUCUUUCAUGGACAGAAAAAAAGGUUAUUAAAAAAACAAAACUCAAAGUGAA